AAUGUUAGAGGACAUUGAAUAGAAAACCAGAAAAUCUGAAACGUUUUGUUUACAUUUAAUUGUUCAUCUAAAUUGUGAUUGAAUUUAUUUUAAUUGUGAUUAAAUUUUUAAUUAUCUCUGUUUGUUGGCUACCAUCAAAUUCUCAAUCAUGAACACAAUAGCUGCUGGUAGAUUUGCACUAAUGAAGGCACCUAAAUUGGCUGUUAUUGUUUACGAUCAAGGAAUUGCUGGAAUUUCUACGACUUCUCGGUGUUUCGCUGAACCGGCUCGACAAAAUGAGGUGGCUUCUUCUGAGAAAUCAAGUGUACCCGCGGAGGGUAAAACUCUAAACGUUACUCCUUUUGAAGGAACACAUUCACUUGGUGAAUUUGCCAUGGCUCGAAUUGACGAUCUUACUAAUUGGGCUAGACGUGGGUCACUUUGGCCUUUAACCUUUGGUUUAGCUUGUUGUGCUGUUGAGAUGAUGCACAUUGCUGCACCUCGUUACGAUUUAGAAAGAUUUGGAAUGUUAUUCAGAGCAAGUCCUCGACAAGCUGAUGUAAUCAUUGUCGCUGGUACAUUAACCAAUAAAAUGGCUCCAGCUUUUCGUCGGGUUUAUGAUCAAAUGGCCGAUCCUAAAUGGGUACUUUCAAUGGGCAGUUGUGCCAAUGGUGGUGGUUAUUAUCAUUAUUCUUACUCUGUUGUAAGAGGAUGUGAUAGGAUUGUACCGGUUGAUAUUUACGUUCCCGGUUGUCCACCAACAGCUGAAGCUUUAUUAUAUGGGCUACUUCAAUUACAGAAGAGGAUUAAACGACAAGCAUCAGCUCAAGCUUGGUAUCGAUCUUAAUACAAUUAAACAAACAAUUCGGUUAAUAGUUAAAUAGUGAACAUAAAAAGUUAUAUAUAUAAUAUAUAAACAACAGAAGUGUAAAUAUCUUUCUCACCGAGAAGAAUACAAAUCAAUUAAAUGGUUUAAUUGUUCAACAAUAUUGUUUAACAGCAAAAAAACAAUCCCAUCACAUUGGAUUUUUAAUUGUCUUUUCCAAUGUUUAACUUAAUUGUGUCAUUAGAGAAAUUUACAAUUUCUAAA